UUCUCCAGGGGAAAAGUGUUGGGAGAUCUACAAAGUGGAAUUCUUUUUUUUUUUUUUUACUCCUUCACUCUCUUUCUACUGCCGACUUUGUAAAAAUCUUCCAACUUUACAGAAAACCUCUUUGUUGUUCUUAACCCAAUCUAGGAAGAGGAGUGUAGAAAAAAUUACAGCCAGUCGCAAGCUCAGUCUUUUCUCGACAAAGCCCAGCUCUACCUGCUCUAGUGCGAUUCUAGACGUUUUUAAUUUGCUGCAGAUAUCAGGACAGUCGAAAAGAAGCUUGUUCCCUUCUUUGCUCCCUCCCCUGCCUCUUGCAGACAUUGCUUUUUAGUGAGGCGUGUGGAUUAUUUUAUACCUCUUUGUGUAGAGUCACUAAAGCUAUCCUUGCUCUUUUUCUCCCUUUUCUCAGCAAAAUUUUUAUAUACAUAUAUAUAUAUUCCUAACUUGUUGCAUCUGCAAUUCUUGCAGCUGUGUUGCCUGCAGAUUUUGACAGCCUGGUGGUAUUUGUUUGUUCAUUUUUGUUAUAAUUAUUCUUAAUCAUUUUUGAGGUGGCAAAGCUCUUUUGGAAUCUAAAGGAGGAGAAACUUUUUCUUUUCUUUUUUAAAGAACAUUUUCUUUAAAAGACAAUCCAAACUGCACUGGUUUGCCAGCAACAUUAUGCUGAAGAAGAUGCUCUUGAGGCAGGUUCUCCUCCUGUGCCUGUGCCUGGGGCUUUCGCAGGGCUUGGGUUCCUUCGUGCACUGUGAACCUUGCGAUGAGAAAGCCCACUCCAUGUGCCCUCCCAGCCCCAUGGGUUGCGAGCUGGUGAAGGAGCCCGGGUGCGGAUGCUGCAUGACGUGCGCCCUGGCCGAAGGGCAGUCCUGCGGGGUGUACACUGAGCGGUGUGCCCAAGGCUUGCGCUGCCUGCCACGACAAGGCGAGGAGAAGCCCCUGCAUGCCCUGCUCCAUGGCAGAGGGGUCUGCCUCAAUGAAAAGAGCUACCGGGAGCAAGCCAAGAAUGAAAGAGAAUCCCGAGAGCACGAGGACCCAACCACGUCAGAGAUGGCAGAGGAGACCUUCUCACCCAAAAUAUACAGGAACAAGGGGCAUGGGCGCCUCUCUGAGCUAAAAGCCGAGGCCCUGAAGAAGGAUCGCAGGAAGAAGCUGACUUCAUCUAAGUUUGUUGGUGGGGCAGAAAACACAGCACACCCUCGGGUUGCCGCCCCUGAGCUAAGACCAGAGUUUGAACUGGGCCCUUGCCGUAGACAGAUGGAAGCAUCACUGCAGGAGCUCAAAUCUAGCCAGCGAAUGAUCCCCCGCGCCGUCCAUCUUCCCAACUGUGACAGGAAGGGGUUCUACAAGAGGAAACAGUGCAAGCCAUCCCGGGGCCGAAAACGUGGCCUGUGUUGGUGCGUGGACAAGUACGGACUGAAGCUGCCGGGAACGGAUUAUGUAUCCGGAGACCUCCAGUGUCACAACUUUGACAGUAGCAACACUGAGUGAAUGUCCCUCUUGCCUCGCCCUGCCAGAGCCCUUCCCCACCCCACCCACACCUCACGACGCCCCAGGAGACUGAUUCCUUUCAUCUCAUUUAAGAAGCUGAGGACCUCGGAAUCAACAGCACGUCAUCAACUUCUCUCAGUGGCAAUAACAGAAGCUAAAGGAGAAAAGGCAACAUGUUCAGCCAACAGAAGAAGAAGAAGAAGAAGAAGAAAAGCCCGCCACAGACAUAGCCCUCAAAGCAUCCCACAGGCCACUUUGCUUGCAAGUAAUCCCACAGCCACCCAGACAGCGCUGACGUAGGAAGCUCUCAGAAGCACUUGAAUGAUGUUUUCUUUUUUUCCUUAAUAUUGUGGGUUAAAAAUCCUUUCGAAAUUUAAAAGCGGCUAGUUUGACAAGCACAUUCUAGGACAAGCAGGCCUCUCACUGUCCAACCUUUUUUUUUGAUAUUCUGGUGGUGUUGUUUUUUACAUUUUCAUUUCUAGCCCCAUCGACCCCGGGACUAAAGUUUAUUUGCACAAUCUCUGCCUUCCUCUCUCUGAUUUCCCUUUUAUUAAAAAGCAAGUGGGUCAGAACACAACCAACUCUGCAGCAGGACAAAGUGAAGCUAACUGUUAAGAAUCACAAGUUUUUCGUUCCCGAUGGGACUCUUUCCCUGGGCAGUAAGUAGGAGGUUUGACCUGAUUAUUUAAAGCAUCAUUUGUACAUCCCUUUUCUAUGUAAAUAUAGACGUGUGCACAUGUUUACUCUUUGUUGAACAAGCCCCUUUUCUUACCAGCAGAACCCCUUUAUUUUUAAUCAUGUGAAAAGCCCUACAAACCUCUUGGGUAAAUCAAAGGUGGUCAAGGCAACACAUUUGCAGGAUUAAACCCUAGCUGAAGCAAUGCCACAUCUGGCAGCCUAUAGACAUUUGAAGCAUAACGUGAGCAUUGCUGUUGCAAAUGGACCUUUAGACGUCCAUGCCCUGGAUGGGUUAGAACAUGUUAUCACUCUCUACCUUUUCCUAUAAAGAUGAGGAUGCAAAAAAUGAAUAUUUCACCCAAAUAUCCUAAAUAGUUGCACAAGGUCAGUUUAAAGAGGUUAAUUUUUAAUGCAUAAAUUCACACAUAAGCAGAAAUGUAAUCUUGAACCACAGUUAGCAAACCAUGCUACCACCUCUGAGGGUCUCUGUAGACAGAGGCCUCUGCUCUUUCAAAGUGUACUUGAGUAACUGACUGGAAGGAGGAGGUGGUGUACACACACACACACACACACACACACACACACACACACACUUAAAAAAAACAACCAUCAUCUGAGUCUUUAAAAGCUGCAUGGCAGGCAGAAAGUCUGUGUGUAGGUUUCCCCCAUCUCUAUGCAGAGGAGGCUGUACCAGUAGAAUUUCUGGCUCCACAUCGCCAUUAGAGGCACAGAUCCUUUGCCGGGGGUGGGGGAGGUACUCACUCUAGCUGUGGGAACAAAUAAUGGCACAUAAGCACCCAUAGAAACCAUUGAUUUGAUAACUUUCACAUUCAGGCUUGGGCAGACCACUAAACCCACUUUUUUUAAUGCUAAUGUGUUCAACUCCUUAGUAUAUUUCCAUGAACACUGCCAUGACAAGGGUCUCCUAUGCCCAUAAUGAUGCAUGAGAAUGCAAGAAAAGAAGAAGAGAAAGGAAUGUCUAUCACAAGUUCCUCUUGUUGAAAUUAGUAGCCAUUAAAAGCUUCAGGACAUUGCCGUUGAGGGUGCAAAAGAAAUGGAACCCUUGGUGAGCAUUCCCUCCUGUAGAAAGACUCCAAAGGACUCGAGGACACUGGUGCGGCUGGCUGCAAAGGAUUCCCAGGCAAGGUACUAAUCAGAAGCAUGAAGAGAGAGCCGAUUCUUACCGGUGAGCAGAUGGGUCAAGCCACGCCAUCUGCUGGAUGUCGGGAAAGAGCUGUUGUUAGGAGAACCAGAAGGACACCCACAACACACUAGCACCGGUGAAAGGGAAUGAAGGAAUCUUCCAGACAAAACAGCUACUGCAUGAAAGUGACUAAUUGGUUUUGUUCCUACCCCUUCACCGCCAGUAAUGUCCCAUUGGGCUCUAGAACAAAAUUAGAAGCCAAUAGUAGCUGGUCUUCCCAGGGAUGUGGGGUUCACUGCUGAGAACUGGCAUGAAGGUGUUGGUCAGGAAAUCAACACUUGGCCUCACAUAGAGGUGUGUGGUGGUGGUGGUGGUGGUGGGGAAAUUCUCCCACAGUUGGAUGUACAAAUCCCAUGUGCAGAAACCAGGGAAUACCUGGAUGGAAAUGGAAAUUCCUCCCACCCAACUUAAUGUUUUCAAAUUCUGAUCAUGGAAUUCAGCAACAAAUGUCAACAAUGCAACAACACCUCCUCUGUACUUCCUUUGACCCAUAUCUUGAUAUUUGAGGCAGAUAUCUGCUUGCUUUCAGAUUUCCAGAUAUGUGUCUGGGCCUUUGGCAGCAGUGACGGGAAUCAUUUUCCCCCCACAGCAUUGGAGAGAAACCUGCCAUGAGUUCGUAUGUAACAGAAGCCUGGACUGUGCCUGGACUGGGACAAUUGCUACAGCUAGGCCUGCCUAAGUCCCAUUUUUUCCUUCCCAGCCCUACUUUAGGACACAGGAAGAUGAAAAAGCUCCUUUGUUUAUUUCCUGCAUUGGGGAGGGAAUUUGGUGUUUGGCUAGUUUGAUUGUUUGGCUGUGCCUCUGGUCUUAACCGGACAAGCCCCAGGGUGCUCUGCUGCCUAUGUAACCAGAAUGAUGACCCUAGCCAAGUUCUUUUCUAGUUCCUUCCCUAUUCCCUGUAGAUCUUUGUAGCUGGCAACAAAGAUAAUACAGACCACUUUUGCCAGUCAAAGGAGCUCUGAAGACAGAAGUAGUAUCACUGCCCCCCUUUAUGGACUCUGUGUUACAAGGCUUCUGUGGGCUUCUGUGGCACUAGAAUGUGAAUUGGGGAGAGGAUGCCAAUUCAUGUAAUGAUGGAAGUGGGAGGAAUUGCUUUGCUACAGGCAACCUCAGAUGCCUAUUAUCAGCAAUGGUCAUAAUCCCGAAGUCCAUGCAAGAGAGCCAUGAACAACACGGGGCUAUCCAUGCAGUCUUCUCUCGGGUAAGAGAGGAAAAAUCACUUUUCUUCUCUGGCAACAACUUUCAGCAUGGUUAACCUAUUAUGGGGUGACAAAUCACUUGGCUGGAGUUGAUCCUCACCACUUCCUUCCUUCCUUCCUUCCUUCCUUCCUUCCUUCCUUCCUUCCUUCCCCAUAGAAGGUUGUGAGGACAGCCCUAGUGCACUGCAUGGAUCUCCUAGGUAUCAAUACCUUUGGGGAAAUGACCAGUAUUUCAAAAAUGGGAAGCCUAAAGUCACAACAAGUAUCUACUCUAACCUUAGCUAGUAUAUCUUGGGCACUCCCAGCACGACCUACCCAAUGGUCAUCCUAGUGAUCAAGCCUGUAGAUUAUGUAAGGCUUUCAUCUGAUCCUGACAUUUCCAAGGAUUUCUCAUCCAAGGAAAAACCUCCCUCAUCUACCCAUUAUAGACCUGUCCAGCCUGAGACAUGUGAACCAAGUGGUCCCACAAGACUAGGUGAUGUUUAUGUUAAAGCAAAGCCCACUAGUAGUUUCUGAGCUCUUUACAGAUGGAGCUUCAGUUUGACUCCAUCGUCAGCAAAGGUAACCAGUAAGAGGAGAUUCCUCCAUACUGCCCCCCUCCCCACAGAUGUGUUGGAACUGUUGUGCUCACUUCAGGAGAGACAUGCUGUGUUUUCUAUAUGUGUAAAUGGUACUUUGGACAUUUCCCAAGGCAGGAUGAUUUUGGGCUGGGGAGAGGCAGAGGAAUUUCACCACUUGGAAUUCCAAACAGACAAACCCUACCACUAAAGGUAGAUUAAAAAGGAAGAAGGGAUGAGGAAAGAAGUAUAUAGAUAUAAUCUAGAUCACAAAUAAAGGAGCAGGAGUUGUGCUGGUCACAUAGGAAAAUGGAACAAACUUGUAUUCAUUUUAUAUGGCUUUUAUGGCUUUCCUCAAAGAAUCUUGGGAACUGUAAUUUGAUGAGGGUGCUGCUGAGCAGAGAUCCUUCCUUUCUGCUGAGCAGAGAUCCCUAGGCCCCUCAUAGAACUACAGUUCCCAGGGUUUGUUGGAGGGAAUGGCUAUGACAUAAUUUAUGUGUUAUAGAUAUGCCCUCAAUUGCAUAAGAUGAAAGAAUGCCGCUUAAAUCUCUCUCCCUUCCCAAAUGGGGGAGAAUGUCUCUUGGUACUCCUGGACUGGUUUCAGCCAAACCAUCUUGAACCCUGUUUUCCCCACUUUCAUUUCUUUUGUUCUUCCUUUCUUUUCUUUCUUCAUAUUUUUGUUUUCCCCCUGAAACUUGAAAACCUUUCCCUGCAUAGAAAGUAAGAGCCUUUCUUAUGAGUAAACAGGGCAUAGAGAGAGUUUUUUGGUUUUUCACCGCUGAUGCACACAGAGUGUAGAUCUUGUAGUCAGGAAGGUGGCUCAGAAUGAAUAUCACCAUUGGACUGUUCUCUUGCCAGCUCAUAUGCAAAUAUUUUCCUCAUAAGCUCAAAGGAUGCCCCUGAGGACAGUUCUAUUACCUGGCUACAACUUUCGCUGACUCCAGCUGGAGCAGAAGCUGGCCUAAAUGCAUUGGCUACAUCUGAGUUUCUGUACUGGAGCGCAUCAUCUGCCUGUUGCUUAAGCAUGACUUACCUAAUAUGGAGAACAUAAAACAGAUGUGGACACUGGCCAUUAGAAAGAGCUCAUCCAGAGUUUUUGCAGAAGCCCUCAACUGAAAGGCGAGGUAGCUGUUGCCCUAACUUUAACUCUGCAAAGCUAUCAUGGUUCUAAGAAAAGUAAAAACCCACAGAUCCAGAUGGGUCUUGCAAAGUUGACCUGGGAAGGGCAAAAACUCUUUCAAAUCCUUAGAGCCAUAUGCCUCAAGUGGUGAACUCAACAGGGGCCAUGCCACAAGCAGAAGUGCCAGCCCUGCUAUAUUUGACUUUUAACUGAAAUUAGGGUGUCGGCUUUCUUUUAAGAAGAUGCAAGCUCACUACUGGCAUGACCCCUGAAGAGUGUCACCUAUGAGUAUAGAAAGGGAGCAAUUGAAUAGCAGUGAUGAAAAUCUAGGAGCACCAAGGGCCACAGAAGACACAGGUCAUGGAUAGAAAUGGGACUAAGAACUUAGGCUGCCUUACCCAUCAUGUUCAUUCAUACAACAGACCUUCAUGAUCUGUGUCAAAGGCAGAAGGCCUCAUUUCCCAACAUGCUGAUUUCUAAGCACUAGCAUGGGGGAUUUUCCAUUAGUCUUUGUUCUUUACCCAUGAUCUACUGAUCUUUCAUAUCCACCCAUUAGGCUCCUGUGAUGCAUUGUCUUCAGUGUGGGUUGCACAACUCAGCAUCUAAAAAUUGUUGAAUGCAGUUGUGUUAAAAUGACCCAAAGGCAUCUCGGCAAAUGUGGCAUUGUUGCCAUAGAAUGAACAGCUUUCCUUCCUUCCCACUGGCUAACCACUAUAUGUUUAAAUACCUUUUCCUCUUUGCAUACCCAGGCACCCAAAAAGCACCUGACUUCAUUGACCACUGGAGGAAAUGGGUAUUACCCAAGUACAAAAGUGCUCAGGACACAACCUCCAUUGUUGGUGAAGGAUAAAAGGCUCAUCAGAGGCAUCUGAUUUUCUUCAAAUAAAGCACCUUCCUGCCAGAGCAGCAGAUCAGGAUGGGAGAAGAUGAGAAAAAGCUAAAAGACAAAGCAGUGGGGAAGUUCCUUUCAGAGUUUCUGAUCCUAGAGACUGCACACAGUGGAAGCACAGAGAGGCUUUUGGAGGCAGUUUCCCCAAGGAAAGUGCCGAAGAAAGCAUGGGUAAGCUCUCUUUUUCCAAGGCAGUUUUCACUUUUCAGCCUUUGCAGAGGUAGGUGGAAAUCAGGAACAUACAGAGUGAGAUAUUUCGAAGGUCCCACUGCAGCUGACAGAGCCAAUGAAAGACUAUCCAGGGGAGCAAAAGCUUCCUUUCGUGCUACUCCUUGCCAGUGCUGCAGUGGACGGUUUUAUUUUGAAACCACUAGUACAAGAGCAUAUUGCACUAUUUCUCCAUUUCAUCUCUCUUUCUCCUCCUCUCUCUGUCCCUCCUUUUUUUUCACAGAGCAUCUAUGACACAAGCACAGGUCACUGAAGGCCCAGGCCACCUUCCUGGAAUGAGCCUCUUGGCCAAUAAGCAGGGAGGCCCUGCCUCACUCCACCUCCACCUCUGCCCGUCCUUAAGGCCCUCCCACACAACACUACUAGGACAGCUCUUCCACCAUGCCAUUUAUCACCCACAAUAGCACAGUUAACAACACACAGGAUUCCGAGUUUCCUUCUUGGUUUUUAUCAUUACGCAGAAUUACUCACUACACAUUUUACGGUAGCUUUUAAUAGCUUUACAUACAUACAGUAGCUCUGUGGAUAUUUUGUUUUUUUGUUUUCUUUUGUUUCUUUUGCAGUAAACAAGAAUAUUCAUACUCUUACCGGUAGGGGAGGAAGCAGUUUGUGAAAAAUUGACAAUGGUUGAGGAGUGUAAUGCUCUGUUUAGUGUUUUGUACUUUAAAAAAAAAAUCUCACAUUUUAUUAAAAAGUGAAGAUUGCUGUAUACUAUUUAUUCAACUUAUAAUUUAUGUUACUCUUUGAUCUUUGUCUUUUCUCAUGACAAAGCAUUUAUUUAAUAAAGUUAUGCAUUCAGUUA